GGGAAAGCAGAGAUCGUAUGACAAAGGAUAAACAAGAAAUCGUGGGAAAAGUGAAUCUCCCGCAACUCAGUUUCUGGCUCCUCAUGAGAAUUCGAAAGAAGACCCCACUAGGAUAGAAUCAACAGCCAGUACAAUUAAGCCCCAUUGGAUUCAGUCGGGACUUAUUUCUGGAGAAACAACAUUGCCUUUCUCCGGUGAGGAAACAGAUCGAAGAGGAAGGAUUCAGCCGUUGCUCCGGAGAGGAUGCCGUGACCCGGAUCAGUCCUUACAGUGAUCAGUGAUCUGGGAUUCCUGAAGAGAAAGCUUCUUUGGGACAGGCCACGCCAUUUUCCUUCCGUGGUCUCUGUCGGGAUGGGUUUUCCGUGGCUCCAACUUCCCUUCCUUUUCCUCUUCCACCUCCUGUUUACAUCAGUCCAGCUGUGCCAAAUCCCUGCAGAAAACCUCCAGCUCAUCCAGUCCCUGAAUUCGGAGCUCCUAAAGAUAGCGGGCGAUGGGUCCCAGGAGCCAGACCCCAGCCUCUAUUUGGCCCUUCGGCUUUCCAACCAGCAUAAUUUGGAGAAGGAAAGGGAGUAUCUCAACCGACUGUCGGAUGUCUUUCAGCCUCAAAGCAGCCGCAGCUCCGGGAUCCCUUCCGAUCCCAGCCACCGGAAAAAACCUGGGACAGGAGAGCUGGCUUUGUACCUCCUCGCUCUGCGGGCUGCUUGUCAGAACAUGGACACCCCAGAGAGGAACCGAGCGGUGACUCAGCUGAAGCUUCUCUUGAAUAGAGAAAUGAAGCACAUCGGGCACAAGGAGAAAGGUUACCCCAUCACCAACUAUUUCCAGUACAGCUUGGGGAUCCUGGCUUUGUGCGUUCACAACAAGAGGACCGAUCCGGAGGUGAUCCGGAAGCUGCUGUCGGCUGAACACCAUGACAGAUUUAAUCACCACCAGACACCCUCUGUAGACACGGAAGCCAUGGCCGGCUUGGCUUUUAUCUGCUUGGAACAAACCCCCAGAUACCCCCACAAUCUCCAGGUCAGCGUAAGCAGGGCUGUGAAACGAGCGAAAGCAAAGAUCCUGGAAGCUCGGACUCGAGACGGGGUUUAUGGGAACAUCUACAGCACCCCGCUGGCGGUGCAGUUUUUGAGCGCUGUCGGAAUGAGGCAGAACCAACAGGAGUUCUCCAGCGGCAUGGCGGCCCUGAGGCAGAGCCUGGAACAGGGAGACUUUCAAAACAACCUGAUCCGGUCACAGCUGCUGCCUGCCUUGUAUUGCAAGAGUUACCUGGAUGUUGCCAGCAUGACGUGCCAAACUCAGACAGAAAGUUCAGUCCCUGAUCUUUCCCUGCCGAAACCUCAGGGGAUCGAUCCGACACGGAACAUUUCUAUCCGGCUAGAAGCAAGGAAGGCCUCUCAGUUACUGUACCAGCAUGUCGUGGUGGUUCCUCGGGGAUCGUCUCUUCUGGAGGUCCUGGAAGCUGCAGCCAAAGACGUUCAGCAGCCUUUGAGGUAUGAGACCCAGAAAACCCUCUCCGGCCCCAUGCUGACGGGAGUGAUGGGGGAGAAGCCUCAAGAAGGCGAACGGAAGUACUGGAGGCUCCUGAGGCAUCCCAACAGCAGUUUGGACCAAGGUAUCGCCGAAUACAUCCCACAAAAUCAAGAGCAUAUUAUUUUGAAGAUGACUUCUUGGUAGAGAUGGAUCCCACCUCUGGUAGGCCCAGCUGUCUCUUCACAAACGAUGGGCAUACGUGCGGACUUGUCCUUGGAGAAUUGGAGCACGUUCUUUUCCUCCCCUCUUGAGGACUAGGAUCUUGGUUGUUUUUUUUUAAACGCCUCUUUUGAUUUCAGUCCAAAGUCCAGUGAUGUAGAAAAAGAAAGAAAGAAAGAAAGAAAGAAAGAAAGAAAGAAAGAAAGAAAGAAGAAAGAACAAACACAACAACAAAUCAUGACCUACAAAAUGUAAAAUUUUGUUAAAAUUGAAAAUACAAAGAAGGAGAAAUUGGUUCUAAA